AGUUGCUUGUCGGAUUUUAGUUUCGUAGAAGAAUUAGCGAGGCUUACCAUACCUCCUUCAUUUCUUAGUUCCACUAGAAGUAGCUGACAAGUUGUCCCUCACUCGGUUGGUCGGUCGACGCUCACUCUCUUCUUCUCUGACUGAUUGUCACACUCUUUCUCCUCGGCGAUCAUCUCUCAGGUCACUGGCUUCAGUUAUAAUCAUGGCUGAUGGGUCGUCACGUCCAUCGAUAUUUCAGAAAACAUAUGGGCAAUCUUACCUCAUAUCUGGGCUUUCCCCCAAGCUGCACACAAGCAACUAUGCGGUGACUGGUGCUUAUGCCAAUGGAGCUUUGCAGAGCCCCCUGCUGCGAACUUUUGAUGGCACUGCCCUUGCACAAGUCUCUCCGUUGUCCCCCAUUAUGGCGCAGGCUCCGGCAGAGAAAGGUGCAGCUGGUUUUGCUGUGGAUUUUCUCAUGGGAGGCGUGUCUGCUGCUGUUUCCAAAACUGCUGCUGCUCCUAUCGAGCGUGUUAAACUACUUAUACAGAAUCAGGAUGAGAUGAUCAAGACUGGUCGACUUUCUGAACCAUACAAGGGUAUAAGUGACUGCUUUGCCCGAACAAUUAAGGAUGAAGGUGUCCUUUCUCUGUGGAGAGGGAAUACUGCUAAUGUUAUCAGAUACUUUCCUACCCAGGCCUUAAACUUUGCUUUCAAGGAUUACUUCAAGAGGCUUUUCAACUUCAAGAAGGAUAGAGAUGGCUACUGGAAGUGGUUUGCUGGGAACCUGGCAUCAGGUGGUGCUGCUGGCGCUUCAUCUCUUCUUUUUGUGUACUCUCUGGAUUAUGCAAGAACACGGUUGGCAAAUGAUGCCAAGGCUGCCAAAAAGGGUGGUGAAAGGCAGUUUAAUGGUUUGGUUGAUGUUUACAAGAAAACCCUCAAGUCUGAUGGCAUCGCUGGGCUAUAUCGAGGAUUCAGUAUCUCUUGUGUUGGAAUUAUCGUUUACCGUGGGCUUUACUUUGGAAUGUACGAUUCGCUGAAACCUGUGGUUCUAACUGGUGGCCUGCAGGAUAGCUUCGUUGCUAGUUUCUUGCUGGGAUGGGGAAUUACUAUCGGUGCUGGAUUAGCUUCUUACCCAAUUGACACAGUGCGCAGAAGGAUGAUGAUGACCUCAGGAGAAGCAGUUAAAUACAAUAGCUCUUUGGACGCAUUUAAGCAAAUCAUCAAAAACGAGGGUGCUAAGUCGCUGUUUAAGGGUGCUGGAGCGAACAUAUUGCGUGCUGUUGCAGGUGCCGGUGUGCUAGCUGGCUAUGACAAGCUGCAGGUCGUACUUAUUGGCAAGAAGUAUGGGUCUGGUGGCGGUGGUUAAUAAUGCUAUGAUGACGAAAUCAUUAGUUACUGUAAGUACCGACUCUAGUUGAAUAAUUUGAAUGAACAGAAGUGCUUGUUAUUAGAAAGUCAUAGUUACAGGGAUGAAGAAAUAUGAAUGUUGGGUGCUUGUUAUCUAAUGCUUGAGCUUUGAACGGAAGUGCUUUGUUGAGAUUAGAUAGUGGUUUCUUAUAAAUUUGGUGAUACGUUGUAUGUAAAAUAUGCAUCCUGUUUUGUGGC